CUUUGGUUUCUCAGAUCUGAAAUUGCUAAAGAUUUGUAAUAUGAUUUUAGAAAAAUCUUAGUUUCUCAAAUUAUAUGUUGAAUCUGAAAAUUUCGAAUACAAUUUUAUGAUUUUGUAAUUCUUAUAUGUUAAUCUUAGAUUUAUGGAAUGAGGGAUUGGUUUAUUGUAUUUUUUUUUUUUUUAAUUCAGAUUAGGGUGGAGAUUAGAUUGAUAGUUGGCCAUGGCUCCUCCAGUGGAGCCGAAUAACGAAUCGACGGCUGCAGAUCCGUCUCACAGAUCUCUUCCGACGCCUUUUCUAACGAAAACGUAUCAACUCGUUGAUGAUAAUUCGAUUGACGACAUCAUCUCGUGGAAUGACGAUGGAUCGACUUUCAUUGUCUGGCGACCGGCUGAGUUUGCCAGAGAUCUUCUUCCAAAAUGCUUCAAACACAACAAUUUCUCCAGUUUCGUCCGCCAACUUAAUACAUAUGGAUUUCGGAAGAUCGUACCGGAUCGGUGGGAAUUCGCGAACGAUUGCUUCCGCCGCGGUGAGAAGCACCUUCUUUGCGACAUACACCGCCGGAAAAUCUCUCCCGCCGCGGCGGCCGUACCAACGGCGACGGCCGUAGUGACGGUGGCUCGCGCUGGAUCUCCGACUUACUCCGGCGAAGAGCAAGUUCUGUCGUCGAAUUCGUCGCCGGCAGCCCCCGCAUCGGCCUGCCGCGCCACCACUUCCAACAGCACGGCGGAGCUGCUGGACGAGAACGAGCGUUUAAGGAAGGAGAACAUGCAUCUGACGCAGGAGCUGACGCAGAUGAAGAAUCUCUGUAACAGCAUAUUCGUUCUGAUGACCAAGUACGCCAAUAGCCAGGGGGAAGGCAGUUUUCAGGCAGAGAAACCGCUAGAUUUGAUGCCGCUGAGACGGUUUUCCGAAGAACCCGACGGAAAUGGCGCCGGUCAGAGCCGAGUGAAAGCAGAGGAGGAAACGAGUCCGGAUCUGAGCCUAAGCCCGAGUCCGAGUCCGAGUCCAAGGUUGUUCGGGGUUCCGAUCGGGGUAAAGCGUUUGCGAGAGGAAGACGAAGGAGAGAAGGAACAUGUCCAGCCACAACCGGCGGGAUCUGAAAUCAAAUCUGAGCCGUUGGAAUCGAGCCCAGAUCAUCGGGACCCUCCAUGGCUGAAAUACUGCCCUCGAACUAACCAAAGGGUGUGUAAUUGAUAGGAUGAACUGAUCAUGCUCCGAGGAGACGCACGCGCCGGAAUGGCCGCACGUGCCCUUCCCUUGUCUACAUAAAAAUAUAACUUUGUAAAUCGGCGUAAAUGUAUUUUGACUCAGGCGCCGAUGGGAAAGCUGUCGUUUUUGGUAGAUUGUUUAUUGUUGCUUGAAGAUAACGUUAUCCUUUUUUUCUUCUC